AUGGCACUACAGUACAGCCCAGCUAAAUCCUCAAAAGUUUCAAAGCGGCCCCUGUCAAAAUCACCUAUAAUGAGUUUUCAAAAGGAUGUUCGAAAGAUACUUUUACCAUCUACAAAAGUUUACAAGGAUGCAGUGUCAAAUCAGAAGUUGCAAUCACCUACCACGUUAGAAGACAAUAAGCUAACAGUUAAAGAUUACAAGGUGAGAUUAGAUUAUCAGCAAUUCUCUGGAAAAGAUAUUAUGGUGGCAAUAGAUACUAUUUUGAACAACAAAUGGGCUGAAAGUACACAAUUACAUAACCGAUAUCCUACUAAGCAAGGAACUAUGGAGGAACGAAUAUUUGGUCUCCGUGUUUUAUCAAAUGCCCUGAAAACGGAUAUAUUGAAAUUCAGAAGAAACUUUCCUAUGGGUUUGGUUACCACUACACAGUUAUACUCUAUUUUUUUGAACGAGAGCAACACAUUUGUUGAUAAAUCAUUGGAGUCACACAUUAGAUCAGGAAAACUCAAGAAAAUAGUGAUUAGCAAUGCUGCUCCGAUUAUUCUGCGGUCGGUGAAUAAAUUUCAACUGGGGAAAGUCACCUAUGGGUUUGAGAACGUUGAACUCGUGGUAAAGUCAGAUUCAUAUUUUCUGGUUAUAAGUGGCAUGCGAGAUCUGUUAGAAGAAGAAGAGCUUAAGAAUAAUCAAUUAUCAGGGGCUUUGCAAAGUAAAAAACAAAGUUCAAUAUCUAGUUUGGAUAAAUUUAUGAAGUAUUUGAAGGAACACCCAACAGCUUUGUAUAUAUCGUAUUCUGCCGAUAAUGGAGGUUUUACAGCUGAGGAAAUAACAUACUUGGUAAACUCGGGGUUUGUGACUUUAGCUUCAAAUCAUUUGAUAGAAAUUGAGAUAAAUGUUUAUUCAAUUUCAUAUCCUGGAUGUGGAGCUUAUUUGAAGUUGGUGAACUCUGGUCGUUCAUGGUUGGUGAAAGUGUUGGGCAAAAACAAGCACAAGGAACUUUUAGAAGACCAAAUCAUUUCCAAAUGGGAAGGUGUGAAUGCAACUGGUGAAUCCAAAAUGAAUAAUUUCCGAUCUCCCUUUUAUGGAUAUGAUUUGAAUUGGGUUUUAGCAGAUGCCUUGGGGGCAGGGGUAGUUGAGGUUUUCAAUACACCCGUGGGGAGAGGUUGGAGGUUAACGGGUAAGAUAUAA